AUCAACCGAUCAAACUAUCUCGAUGCCCACAACGCUGUACGAACUUUGACUUCACCGUAAAAUUCAACCCCAACUUCAUCGAUCUCCUCGACCAAAUCGAUUCAAUGGAUCAAAUUCGUUAAUACCACUGCACCUAAUCAACAAUUUCUUUGAGAAUUUCCACAAGUUCGAUGAUGCAAUCAAGGAUGAUGUGGUUAUGGAGAGUGUUGUGUAUUCUAGGAUUGAUUUUAGGGUCUGUAUCGGAAUUUGGGGAUGCUUUGAAGUUGCCUUUUAGAGUUAACGAUGUUUUGCCUGUUCUACCACGUCAAAUUUCAUGGCCUGUUAUGAACAAUUUUGGCAAGGCGGUGGAUUUGUUGCCGUCUUUCGUCGGGACGAUUUCUCCCAAUAAUGGGUCGCUUGAGUGGAAAGGGGCUUGUUUCAACGGGAAUGAAGCUCGUAUGGAUUUCACUGAGGGGGAUGAUCGUGGUAUGGGAGGCGGUAUCAUCUAUCUCAAGACUGCUGAAGCACACAGUUGGACAUGUAUGGAUCUCUAUGUCUUUGCUACGCCCUACAGGAUUACCUGGGACUACUACUUCGCAGCUCGAGAACACACUUUGACUUUUGAUUCUUGGGAGGAAACAGCAGAGUUGGAAUAUGUAAAGCAGCAUGGAGUCUCUGUGUUUCUGAUGCCUUCUGGAAUGCUAGGAACAUUGCUCUCUUUGGUUGAUGUUCUGCCUCUGUUUUCCAACACAAAAUGGGGCCAAAAUGCUAACCUUGCUUUUCUGAAGAAUCACAUGGGUGCUACUUUUGAGACUCGUCCUCAGCCUUGGCGUGCGACUAUUAAUCCAAAUGAUGUCCAUUCUGGUGAUUUUCUAGCUGUGUCAAAGAUCCGUGGACGAUGGGGUGGCUUUGAAACAUUGGAAAAGUGGGUUACGGGGGCAUUUGCUGGUCAUACAGCUGUCUGUAUGAAGGAUGACUUUGGCAAUCUUUGGGUUGGGGAAUCAGGACACGAGAAUGAAAAGGGUGAAGAAAUUAUUGUGGUAAUUCCAUGGGAUGAAUGGUGGGAUUUGGCACUUAAGGAUGAAUCUAACCCACAAAUAGCUUUGCUACCGUUACAUCCUGAGAUACGUGCGAAGUGGAACAACACCGCCGCAUGGGAAUAUGCUCAGAGCAUGUCCGGCAAGCCGUAUGGCUAUCAUAACAUGAUUUUUAGUUGGAUUGACACAAUUGGUGAUAACUAUCCGCCACCUAUUGAUGCUCACUUGGUGAUUUCUGUCAUGUCUAUGUGGACUAGAAUGCAGCCAGCAUAUGCUGCCAAUAUGUGGAACGAAGCUCUAAAUAUGCGUCUUGGGACAGAGGGUUUGGACUUGUAUGAAAUUCUAGAAGAGACCGAAAAGCGAGGCAUAUCGUUUGAUGAAUUGCUCACAAUUCCUGAGAAUGAUGAAUGGGUGUAUAGCGAUGGCAAAUCAACAACUUGUGUUGCUUUUAUUCUGCAAAUGUAUAAAGCAGCCGGAGUUUUCGGCCCUGUUGCAGAUUCUAUUCAAGUAACUGAGUUCACUAUUCGUGAUGCUUAUAUGUUGAAAAUCUUUGAGAAUAACCAAACCCGACUUCCAAAUUGGUGCAACAAUGGUGACGAUAAGCUUCCGUUCUGCCAAAUUCUCGGUAAGUAUCGUAUGGAACUACCUCUAUACAAUACUUUAGAGCCUUAUUCCAACAUGAACGAGCAUUGCCCUUCUCUUCCUCCAACUUAUGGAAGGCCUAUGCAUUGCUAGUUUUAAAAAAGUAGAAUUUUAAUCCCGUGUUUGUCGUAUAUGUUGAAAAUCUGGCCGAAACGUUGUAGUGUGUCGUUUUGAGUACGCAUAAAGCAGUAAUCUCUUUGUUAAACUGUUGAUUCUUGGUGUAUAGUUCUUUAUAUGAUCGUCAAGUUGUGGUUCGAAUUGUGUUUUAUGACGACGAAUUAUGUCUCCAUAUAUGUAAAUGGUGUAUUAAUAGUUCUUA